AUGAAGAUGGAGAAUGUGAAGAGGAUUGAAGAUGAGAUAAGAAAUGAUGAUGAGAAGAAGAAGGAGGACACAAUAAUGCUGUCUGAAGAUCGUGUUGAUGCACCAUGUCUUCAUAGAAAAAGGAAAAUCACACCGAUCUGUGUGCAGAAGAAAAAGUGUGUUCUAGAAAAUACGUCUAAAGAGGAGGCAGCUAAGUUAAUAUGCAGUAAAUGCAGCAAAAAGCUAAAGCUGACAAAUAACUAUAGCUGUAGAUGUGGAAAUAUGUAUUGUGCAAAUCAUAGAUUCCAUGAUCAGCAUGACUGCACAUUUGAUUACAAGGCAAUUGCGAUCGCAAAGCUGAAGCUACAAAAUCCAAAGCUAAAUGAGAAGAAGAUAAGCGAUUGA